UAUAGCAAGGGAGGGACUAGGGAGGACUACUCUUCAUCUUACACCUCUUUUUCUAUGUAGUUGAACUUUCAACCAACUCUUCUACUCUUUCUUUCUUGUUCAAAAAUGGCAGACGGAGGAUGCUUGAAAGUUCUGGAUGGUACUCAGCUCAGCGAUUUCGACUUCUCACUUCCCGAUGAUUUUUCCGGCGAUAUCAAUGGAGUUCAACUUCUGGAUUUCGCUCAUUCUAGAGUUUCUCAGUGUCAUUACUCUCUUCCAUUGCCGGAUUUUUUGAAAUCUCUGGCUCUUCAACGCCUUAAUUUUGACAUCAGUGGAAAGAAGCUUGACAGAGACGAAGCGCAGCGUCUUCUUGCCGAUUAUGUUUCCGCCAUUGCCGAUCAAUUGAAAGAUGAACCUCUUGUGGUAUCUAUUCUGGAUGGAAACACCAUUCGCUUGUUUCUAGAAGAUGAAGAUGAUUUUGCAAUGUUGGCUGAGAAUCUGUUUACUGACCUAGAUGCAGAAGAUGAGGGGAAAUUAAGCAAGAGUGAAAUACUGAAUGCCUUAGACAAAAUGGGAGUUGAAAUGGGUGUUCCGUCAAGUUCAGAGUUUCCAAUGAUAAAUGAUAUUUUAAAGAAACAUGGAGCUGAAGGAGAGGAAAAAUUAGGCCAAGCACAAUUUGCACAGUUACUUCAACCUAUAUUGCAAGAUUUGGCAGAUGCUUUGGCUCUAAAGCAUGUCACAGUUGUGCAUAAUCUCAAGAUAACAAAUGGAUCCAAGUUAAGAAAGUUCCUGGCUGACCAGAACAAAUUAGAUGAUCUAAAAGAGAAACUGUACAAGCAAAUCCUUGAUUGCCAGAAAGAGCAAGGUUGUGCAGAAGUAAUCAGGAGUUACCUCGAAAAGAACGGGAACGAGUUAGGAUUACCUCCGCUGGAAGUCAAUGAAGCUGUUCCUCUCAUGUAUAAUGCAAUCUUUGCUGACAUAGAGAGCAAAUGCAAGGAUUUUGAGAAAAAUGAAUUUAGAGACCUUUUGAAGAAGAUUCUCGAGAAUUUCGCUGAAAAGUUAGAAGUCGAUCCUGUGUUUCACGAUACUCUCCUUUGAGCCUUGUUGAGCCAGGGGAACUUUUUGCCUUUUGUAAGUCUUGUGCAUGUGUGAAGUUCUUAUCACCCCAUAAGCAUAUAUUUUCAUGUAAAAAGGCAUUUUGGCAUUAGGGUAAUAUACUUGUUACUAAAUUAUCUAUGGAAAAACAUGUUAGAUUAUCUGCAAGACUGCAGCGAACUGAGUGAUCGGCCAAUGUAUAGUCUCCCUAGCAGCUGCGAUUUUGUGAAUCUGAUUACUGCUUUUCGAUGGAGCUAUGUUUCAAAGUCUUUUUGUAUGUAUGUCAUGUUUAACAACUCUGCAUGGAUCCUUUCAUGGGAUGCCUAUAGAUGCAGGUUUCCGUA